CGUGCAGAGCAGACCCACAUGCAUGCACGUCAUUAACCCUCCAAACUGAAACUAAAGUGCUUGACGUUGCGCACAUAAAUCGUUCAAAAUAGCAAAGUUUUGAAUUGGUUUGUGUCGGGGUCGACGCGACGUGUUCAUGAACAGAUAGCUUCAUGGUUGCGUUUUAAAUUUACCCAUGUCUGCCUCAGAAGUGUCUACUGAUGUGUGUGGCCGAUGAAGGAUGGAUGUGGCCUCUCGCAGCUGGGACACUGGAGAUGAAGACAAUACAGAGGCCUUCUUGAGGAACCGGCAGGCAGGUGGAGCGUUUUCCAAGCUGGCCGAGCUGAUGGCACAGGCGGAGCAGAAAGCUGAAGCCCGCAGCCACCACCACCACCACAAGUCUCACCAUCACCACCACCACCACCACCAGUCCGCAGCCACCGUCACCACGUGCGCCGAGUGCCACCAGGAUUUCCCGGACGUGGCAGCGCUCGCUCGCCACCAACAGAAGCACCACACCCUGCGCAAGCCGCACCGCUGUAAAACCUGCCGGCAAGAGUUUGCACUCCUCUCCUCUCUGCAGCUCCACAAGUGCCUCGGCUCCCCCUCGUCUAUGUGCCAGCUCUGCCAUGGGAAGGCCCAGCGCGGGGCUCCGUGUUCUGCCUGCUCGACGGACCCCUCUGACACCAAGGGCCCACGACAACAUCACCACGACAGCAGCCCGUACGCCUGCGCUCCCUGCGGCCGCGCCUUCAGCCACAAGCAGGAGCUGCUCUAUCAUCAGCAGGCGGGCGGUUGUCAGCCCGCUCCUCUCAGCCCCAAGGCUGUCAAGCCCUCUACCACGGCACUAGCGUCCUUCACGCCUGCCGCCUCCACCCCUACGCCCUCCUACGCGUCCCUUCCCCCCUCGUCACCGCCCAUGCCCGCUGCCACGGCCUGCUCGUUCUGCUCCCGUGUGUUCCGCUCGGCUGCCGGGCUUGCUAACCAUCAGCGCACUUGGCACCCAAGCCAGGCGGACAAGGACUCAACAUCGACGACGAUGACGAAACUUCCACAGAAAUCUGCAGUCAAAUUGAAUGGGAAGACGUCAUCAGAAAAGAUACCUGGUGCGAAGUGCAAGCAGGACAACUUGUCAGACUCUGCCACAAAGAAGCGAGACACGGGCAGCAGCAGCGGGGGUGGUGAUGGUGGUGGAGGUGGAAGUGGUAAGAAAAGUCAGCUGUUCCCUUGCCGCUCAUGCGACAGGGUGUUCUCCCAGACCUCCACGCUGCACCAGCACCGGAGAGAGGUGCACCAGCGGGAGAAGAGGGCCUGGCGCGAGCACCGGACGUCGGCCAAGAGCACGCGGCAGGGGAAGAAGGGCGAGACGUACCCGUGCCCCAUCUGUGGCAAGGUCUUCCUCCACCACCUGACGCGCUGGACGCACCUGCGCACCCACAGUGCCCAACAACAGGAGCAGCAGCAACAGCAGAACCCAGUGCGAAAGCCACUAGGCAGGCCACCGGGUGCGAAGCCACUAGGCAGGCCGCCGGGCGUAAAGACGCUAGGCAGGCCACCAGGUUCGAAGCCACUUGGAAGGCCACCAAAGCUCACCAAGGCUGCUGAAAAGCACCCCCUGAAAAAAGCCAAAAAGUCUACUAAAAGCGGACCCACUGCGACCAAAACAGAGCACAAGAAACGGAAGAAGGAGCAGGAGAGGAGGGUGGCAGAGGAAGAGGAGGACGAGGAUGAUGAUGAUGAAGACAGAGAUGAGGACAAGGAGGAGGAGGGCAGGGAGUUCCCGUGCCCCUCCUGUCUGGAGGUGUUCAGCUCCUCGUCUGACCUCCACAAGCACGAGGAAGUGCACCAGCCGGCCGAGGUGACCAUCACGACCUGCUGCGUCUGCAGCGAAGACAUCGCCCCUGCAGAAGGGGAGGAAGAGGGAGCCGCCGCCACCGCCGUGCCUAAGCUGGUCUACCACUGUGCGCCGUGCAGACAGGCCUUCUCCUCGCUACACAGCUUCCUACAGCACUGUCGCAUGCAUCUGCCCAGUGACUCUGAUGACGGGGACGGAUCCGAGACGGACUCUGCUAAUGAAGUUGGUUAAAAGGGCUCCUUGAGUGCAAGGUAUCUCCUCUAGUUGCUUCCUCUGUCCUACAGCCUCGUACCUCAAGGCUCCACGCCAUUGAGGCCAGUUCAAUAAACAACAAGGUGAGAAGAGGAGGAGGAGGAUGGAGGAUGGUGGUCGAGAUUCCAUUGAAAUGGGCCUGCAUGUAGUACGUAAUUCCUCCAUCCUUCCUGGAUUCCUUCAUUGUUUCCUUCAUGGGAGGAAGAGCGGCACAGACACUCGAGGACGGAUAUAGACUUGCACAGUGUGUGAAGCCAUUCCUCUAUCCAACAACAAUGUUGUUUCAGGGUUACGCACUUUGACUGACAGAUGUGAUACUUGUGACGAGGAUGAGGUUUAUUGUGUGUGGAGGAGGUCAUAUAUUUGACGCUUUAAGAGGAUUUAUCACCAGCGAUGAAAUGUUGAUAUGCUUUUUGCAGCUUUGCUAUCACUGAUGUUCUGUUUUGUAAGUAUUUGGUUGUAUUUUUGUUUUUCCUCAGUUUCAAAAGACCUACACCUGAGCCUUACUUGGAAUAUUGCAAAUGGAUGUGAUGAAUUGGAAAUGAGGGAGAUGUGAAAGAUACUAAUGUGAUGUAUGAACUGUAAUCGACACUGUGAUCCUUUUUAUAAAUAGGUAUAAGAUAGAAGAUGUACAGAAAAUAGUAUAGAUAUUGUAGAUCAUUAAAAUCAAAACUAUAUAACACUUACAUGAACUUCUCUCUCAGGCUCUUUUUUUCAGGAAAUAUUGUCGCAUGUGGUUUAGAUGUUCAAACUUCCUUACCAAAUGUAGAUUAACCUUUAUUCUGUGAAGAGUUCAUGCAAGGGUAAAUGACUAGGCAGUGAUAUUGAAUGUCUAAAAACUAUGUAUGCAUAAGAUUAAACUAUUUUUCAUGAA